AUGAAGGUCGUAGUCAUAGGUGCUGGCCCAAGUGGUUUAGUUGUCACAAAGACACUCCUCCAGGAAGCUUCAGAAGAUUUCCCAUUCGAUCCUAUCAUUCUUGAAGCCGAAGACGACAUUGGUGGCACGUUUCGGCAUCGUUCGUACGAGAAUGCAACACUCGUGAGCUCGAAGCAGUUGACAUCUUUCUCCGACUUUCGCCUUCCAUUGGAACAUCCAGACCACUUAACGCUUCUUGAGUACGUCGAGUAUCUACGAGCAUACAUCAGGCGAUUUGGUUUCGAGGAUCGUAUACAUCUUCAGUGUAAAGUCACGAAAAUCAGGCCUGCUCCUGGGUCAGACACUGGUCAUGACGUCGAGUAUAUCGACCAACGUGGCGCCGUCCCACAACUGAAGACCAUUCGGGCAGACUACAUCGCUGUAUGCAGUGGUCUUCACGUUACCCCUUACAUUCCCUACAUAGAAGGGAUAGAGAAUGUUCUGGACUCGGAGGAGGCUUCGCGCGAUGGAGUUGUGCGUGAAGUGUACCACUCUGUGGAAUACAAGGGGCGUGCUCAAUUGGCUGGGCGACGCGUAAUGAUCUUGGGAACAGGAGAGACUGGCCAUGACUUAGCCUACGAAGCAGUAAAAGCUGGAGCAACCGAAGUGAUUCUGUGUACUAGAGGUAUAAUCUGCCGCUCGAACGAUUUUGAGGUAUUUGGUUUCAAGUUUGACGGGAAGAUACCCAUCGACGUGUUUGACAUAGGACUUAUCACCAACUUGUUCGAAACCGCUUACGUGCACCCAUGGGUGGCUAAGCUACAUUGGCGGUGGUUUAUAAGCGAUUUCGUUAUCAAGCGAUUGUUGUGGAUUAUAUCGGGUACUAUGGCGGGGUGUAAUCAAUGGGUUGGCGAACUAGAUGAUGAUCGUCUAGGGCGCGCGUAUGUAUUUCUAAACAAAUCGAGCAAGGCGAUGCCUUACAUCAACCGGCCAUACCGCAAUCGACCCAAGUUCCUUGACUAUCUCAGUCGCUAUAUUGACCCACCAGAAGACUCCCCGCCACAGACUGGUUUUUCAGUAGAACUCGCGCCAUUCCCUUCAAGCUUCACCCAGAGCGGUAUGGCAGUUUUCCCUCUGAACCACCGGAAAGAAAGUAAAAGGAUACAGCAAAUGGACAUUUCGCCCCAGACUGUGAUUUUUGCGACCGGCUACACUCAGAAAUUCGAUUUCUUUGAUGAGACUGGUGACUAUGGAACUGCUGGAGAUGCUGACGUUCGUAAUGUUUUUAAGAGGGGCGACGACAGCCUGGGUUUUAUUGGUUUCGUCCGACCCGGUGUUGGCGCGAUACCCCCUAUUUCCGAGAUGCAGUCGAUGUUCUGGAUAUCAGUCAUAACGAGGAGGAUUCCUGCCCCUACAUCUAAACCCGAUUAUCUUUUACUGGUGAAAGAGACGGCUCGUAUUAAGUAUGGUGUUGAUCACAGCACGUAUAUGAGUACAUUAGCGAAAGAUAUCGGUGCUGCUCCCGGCCUUUGGGAUCUUUGGAAAGAAUACGGAACCCGCGUGCUUGUCUGCUACUGUUUCGGUGCAGCUUUCACAACCUUCUAUCGUCUGACAGGUCCCUAUCGCUCACGGGUGGCCCCAGAGAUUGUCAAGACGGAACUGUGGGAGACAAUCACACGCCGUGGGGCACUUGGGAAUUUCUUCAUGGGAAUUAUCCCCAUGCUUGGAUAUGGUAUUCUGAAUCUUACCGUCUUACUAGUAGAAUACGCAUGGGUUCUCCUUGGCAAGCCCGCAUUAGUAGAACGAAUAGCAUUAAGAUUGGCUGGAAUGUAG